AUGCUUAACAUCAUUGUCGUUGGCGGAGGAAUAGCGGGCCUCUCCGCUGCCCUGGCUCUCCGCAGAGCAAACCACAUCGUUCAUGUCUACGAACGUUCGGCAUUCAACAAUGAGGUCGGAGCUGCGAUUCACGUACCGCCAAAUGCGUCCCGUACCUUGCUUGCCUGGGGCUUGGAUCCCGUGAGUGCCAAGUUCGUAACGGUCAAAUCAAGCUUCCGGGCCAAGGCAGCGACUCUGGAGAGAUUUCAUGUCGGCACGACUGAGUCUUCGGUUCUUUCAAAGUAUGGAGCCCCUUGGUUUUUCGCCCAUCGGGUCGAUCUCCAUGAGGAGCUCAAGAGGCUGGCUACCGAGACUGACGGAGCAGGUGUCCCAGUCACAGUGCAUCUCAAGUCUGAGGUUGUUGGAUACGACCCUGUAACACCCUCAAUCACUCUGGCAAACGGCCAUGUUCAGACAGCGGAUGUCGUCAUCGGCGCUGAUGGAAUCCAUACUACUGCAAUCGAGGCCGUCCUUGGAAGAUCCAACCCCCCGGUGCCAUCCAAGGACAUGUAUAACUUCUGUUAUCGGUUUCUCAUCCCGGCCGCAGAUAUUGAACAAGAUUCCCAAACACGGUUCUGGAAUGAGGACGAUGAUGGCCGGAUGAAGUUCUUCGUGGGGGACAUGAAACGACUUGUAUCCUAUCCGUGUCGCAACAAUGAGAUACACAAUUUCGUCGCCAUAUUUCACCAGGAUGAUUUAUCGAUGAUGAAGAAGGAGGAUUGGGAUGCUCCUGUGGACAAGUCGCAGCUCCUCGAGAGAUAUUCUGACGUCCACCCGGACCUCAGAGCGGUGCUUGGAAAAGCGACCGAGAUAAGGCAAUGGGCCCUCCUUUUCCGUCCCCCUAUUCCUACUUGGACCAAGGCCAAGAUGGCUUUGGCAGGCGAUGCUGCCCAUCCCAUGCUGCCACACCAAGGACAAGGUGGUGCACAAGGAAUCGAGGACGGUGUCGUACUCGGACUAGUUCUUUGUGGCGCCAAAGCCGACGACGUUGCAGAUCGACUGAAAUUAUACGAAACGAUUCGUCGGAAUCGCGCAAGCUUGAUGCAAGUCUUCAGUAAUGCAGGACAGGAUGAGCCAGAACUCAUUCAGAAGGAAGCUUCCCAAUUCAUGCCGAUUGAGAAAGUGCCCAAGGGCCCAGAAGAAUUCUUCGAUUAUAACUUUGGAUAUGAUGUGGUACAGGAUUCUCUGAAUCAUCUCAAACAGGUUGAUCCGACGUUUGAGUUGCCGUUGUCGUUCUUUCAGCAGCAGCCAGGAAGAGGCGCUUAUCCUUAG